GAAGAAAAGGGAAGGGAAGUAGACAACCACGGCUUGAGAAAGCAACAGCCCAGGAUGGACAUUAUGGAUAACAGGAAGGUACGUCGGAAAGAAAACGAGUGAAGGAUGAAUCAGAAAGAAAAAUAAAUAAAGUGGUAAAUAAAAAUCAGAGAGUGGGAUGAGCACGCCAUAAAUACGCGCUUAAAAUGGAAGUCGGUCCCUCCGCUCUUCCACUCGGAAAAUCUGUGCUCUGUGCGCAUGGAGAAACUGCCAAUUCCCAAAUUAGCUGCUCCCAACUAGAAUGGUUUCUGCAACUUCCUUUGGAUAAACUCAACUUUUCUUCACAUUCUUCUUCCUACAGUCUCAUUGUGUAAUUAACACUAAAGAAAUGCAGACAAAUGGGCCACUUCUACUCUCUCUGAUUCUUUUGUUUUCCACCUUCAAUGGCUUUGCCUCUGUUUUUGCAAUUCCCGAUACAGUGAGGCUGGAGCUGAUGCACAGACACAGUCCUCAUGCGAUUGGAAGAGUCCUUUUUGAGCAAAGGCCUAGUACCCUCGAACGCAUCAAAGACCUUCUUCGCAGCGACGGCGUACGGCGUAGCAUGAUCUCCAACAGGCUUACCUCCGGCGGGAGGCGAAAUGUCUGGGCAACCGGCGCCUCAGCUCAAUUGCCCCUCCGUUCCGGCGCCGAUUACAGGACGGGACAGUAUUUCGUGACGAUGAAGGUCGGAACGCCGGCGCAGAAAUUCCUGCUGAUUGCGGACACCGGCAGCGACCUGACGUGGAUCAACUGCGACUACCGCUGCGGUCUCGAUUGCGCAAGAAAGAGGAGAUCCCGACGGCGCCGGCGUUUUUUCCGGGCGGACAUUUCGACGUCGUUUAGGACGGUGCCCUGCAUGUCCAAGAUGUGUAAGGUUGAGCUUGCGAAUUUGUUCUCCCUCGCUCGCUGCCCCACCCCUUUGAUCCCCUGUGCCUUCGAUUACAGAUACUUGGACGGGUCAGCAGCAUCAGGCAUCUUUGCAAACGAAACGGUUACACUGGGCCUGGCCAACGGCAAGAAGAGGAGACUGCACAACGUGCUGGUGGGUUGCAGCCAGUCCGUCCGGGGUCCCAGCUUCAGUGUAGCCGACGGCGUAAUGGGGUUGGGCUUCAGCGACCACUCUUUCGCCACCAAAGCUGCUCGGAGCUUCGGCGGAAAGUUCUCCUACUGCUUGGUGGAUCACUUGAGCUCCAAGAACGUCUCCAGCUUCCUCACCUUUGGCCGUGCCGCCACCAAAACCCCCCGCAGCUGCAUGCAAUUUACCCAGCUUGCCUUGGGAGUCCUUAGCCCCUUCUACGCCGUGCAUGUGGCGGGCAUAUCCCUGGAUGGCGUGCUCUUGAGAAUCCCGGUUGAGGUGUGGGACGCGAAUGGCGCUGGCGGAACCAUCCUGGACUCGGGCUCCAGUCUCACCUCCCUCGCCCAGCCAGCCUUCCAGCCCAUCAUGGCUGCGCUGAAGCUGUCCUUGCGAGCUUUCCAGAAAUUGGAGCUGGACGUUGGACCUUUAGAGUACUGCUUUAAUUCCACUGGGUUUGUGGACUCGAUGGUGCCGAAACUACGGUUUCACUUCGUCGAUGGAGCGAGGUUCGAGCCACCGGUCAAGAGCUAUGUCAUCGACGUCGCGGACGGGGUGAAGUGUCUGGGUUUUAUGUCAACUAGCUGGCCUGGUUUUUCAGUGAUUGGCAACAUAAUGCAACAGAACCAUUUAUGGGAAUUUGACCUGGGAAGAGGCAGGUUGGGUUUUGCUCCCUCUGCUUGCACCUAGACCCUAUCAUGCAACAAUGAGACUUGCAUUGUUGCUUUUUUCACGUAAAUUUUUUCCCCCGAUUUUUUUUUUUUUUUGCUUAUUAUUAUUAUUUUGUAUUCAUUUUUCAUAUUGUACUUUUGUGUGCUGAUCAUAUUCGCUGUAAUUCUUAUUUUAAUGUCUUCCAUUGCUUGGGCCACGGAAGACGCUUUGUCCUAAGAAAAAGUUAAUAUUGCAAGUAAAUAAAAGAAAAAAAAUUCCCAACCUA